AUGUGGUCACGGCACGUAAAAACAAUAACCCCCAAGACCAGCGGUUUUGUAAAUGCUCUACGUUGCAUUGCUGGAUCGUCGUGGGGCCCUUCAUGCGCUGGCCUCCGUCACGUACACACGGCGUUGGUUCUGGGCACACUGCGGUACGGCCUGCCUCUCCUACACGGCCUCAGCAUAUCCGGAGAGCGUGAGCUUCUCAAUAUUCAGGCACGAAGCCUCCGCGUCUGUUUGGGAGUUCCUCGAACGACAGAGACCUACUCUGUCCUGGCAGAGGCACGCGAAACCCCGCCAAUGUGGACUCUUCGCAGGCCUCCUAUAUGUGACCACGUUCCUGGUCUUCUGAAGAAAAACUCUGUACCUCGAGUUGUGGCUCACCAACUUACGCUGGAGCAUCUCAACUCAGCGUACUCUCAACGACUCCCUGUGUACACUGAUGGAUCAGUGUCUCAAGGCGGAUCAACAGCAGCCUUUUAUAUCCCACAUGAAAACCUUGAAGUGGCGCACAGGCUCCCCUAUGAAACGUCAUCUACCGAGUCCGAGCUCUUCGCCACACAGACCGUGUUGAACCACAUAGCGGGAUCAGCGCCUGGCUCUUGGACUGUGUUCACGGACAGUAAGGCGGCGCUAGAAGUUCUAGUAAACUAUUGUUCCAGAACAAUCGGCGGCCUAGACACCAUGAUUGUCGCAACAUACAACCGACUUCUAUCUUCGGGUCAUAGCCUGUGUUUCCAAUGGGUACCCAGUCACAUCGGCCUGCACGGAAACACCCGCGCAGACGCCUUAGCACGUCGGGCACAUGGGGAAGUCACCUUCAAUAACUGUCUCCUACCACUUUCCGCCACAGCAUGUCGGUUACAGACACAGCGACUCCGUCUUAGCGGCACUCGGCAGUUUCAAGAGGACGCUGUCCGACUCAACGACCACCUCCGGUCUAUCGACCGUCGAUGGAUUUCGUUGCCACACACCACUGCUCACGUCAAGAAGCGUCCACUACACACCGACUAG